GCUUCCUUCCAACAAUCAGCUGAUUGUCAAGAGUGUUUUGUCAGACAGAUUUGACCCAGCAAUUAUCAAUAAACAAUAAAAAAAUUGUGUUGUUUUUAAUGUUUCAUUGGCAGGACUUCAUUAGCAAUGGAUGAGUCAGAGACCCCCAUUCUGUACGUGUUGGUGGUAGGUUUCCAUCACAAAAAGGGAUGCCAGGUGGAGUAUUCAUUCCCGCCCCUUGUGCCGGGGGCUCCGAACGAGUGCCCCGCUGGCUGGAAAUACUUGCCCACUUUGGCCCUUCCUGAUGGCUCUCACAACUACGAGCAAGACACAGUGUUUUUCCAUUUGCCCAGUCUCACCAACCCCAAGCAAACAGUCUUUGGGAUAUCCUGUUUUCGACAAAUUCCCGUUGCAAAAAUUAAGAAUCUCACUUCUGAUAUAACCAGAACGACUGUGCAGAAGUCUGUAUGUGUACUCAGUAGAAUACCACUGUAUGGGCAGAUACAGGUGAAAAUGGCCCUGAUAACGCACGCUUAUUUCGACGAAGGGGAUUUCAGCAAAGUGUCCAUUCUACAGGAUACGUAUCACCACCUGAACGCUGUUUUGAGCCAGUCUGAUACUCGACAGCAAACAUUCGUAGGUUUGUCGACCAGAGACUUGGUGCUGCAGUGGAAGCAUAAGGCGGUCCUCUUAUUCAAGCUGCUGCUCUUGGAGAAGCGGGUGAUAUUUUACAAAUCCCCGGUGCUUCCCUUGUGUUCCACGAUACUGACUUUCGUGUCCCUCUUCCCUGAAAUGAUUGAAAAGGGCCUGAGCCAGGCAGCCUGCAUUCGCCUAUCCAGACCAAUGUCCCCAAUGCCGCAGUUCCCCGAUGAAGAUUCUCCCACUAAUUCACCCAAAAAAGUCCAGAAUGGCGAAAUGAACUGUGCGGAGCACCAUGUGAUAAAAUCAGACGAAACAACAUCAAACCAUAUACUGGAAAAUCAUCAAAACCUCCCGCUGGAGUCGGUGGAAAAUGGCCUAGAAGUAACAGAAUCCCCCAAUCCAGGCAAAGAGGACCAGAACGGUUUAGGCGAGAAAAGCAACAGUCUGCGCCGGGACGUGAGCCUGGACACAAUCUCCGACUCGGCUCAAACAAACAUCAACUACCUAACUCAAAUUGCGACUGAAACGUGCGGAUUUCCGCUGCCGAUCUUCACCAAAGGCUCGCUGUGCUUGCCCUACUUGUCCCUGCCCUAUCUGGACUUGUUAACCGAUGUAAACGUGCGAAGCUACGUGGUGGGAGCCACAAACGUUCUGUUCAAGCAAAAGCGACAACUCUACGACAUUCUAGUGGACAUUGAUACGGGAAGGAUAGAAUGCCAGGACCUCACCUUGCGGAAAUACCUGCAUUUGACCACGGAAGACUUGCGAUUUGCCGACUAUAUAGUGAAGCAUGUAUCCGAAGAACGACACGACGUUUUUCUGGAUGGCGUCGGUUAUGAGGGCGGCGAUGAGUGGAUUCGGGCGCAAUUCAGAGUCUACUUGCUGUGCUUGAUGAGGACGUCGAUUCUUCCAGAUGGAGGCCGAGAAGCUGAUCAUUUUAACGCCAAUUUCCUAUCGGCCUGGAAAGAGACGCACAACUACAAAAUGUGGAUGAGCGGAAAUCAUGCGGGGAUUCUAGAUGUUCAUCCCGGGCAUCCGUUCGCUGGCCAGCUGUCGGUCGCUGAUAUGAAACUGCGCUUUGCCCAUACAAUGCAGACUACGGAAGGUGGCAGGAAGCUUGGGCAAGCAAUGACUUCUACUGGCCGAGCUGUCGCCACCACCAGUAAAGCCGUUGGAGGAGCGCUUUCGCAGGCUAAAGGAGCUUUUUCCAGCUGGUGGAGUAAUCUCAUUGUCAGUCCCGAACCAGGCCUAGCCAAAGAAACGGGAGUCGAAGAAAUCGCCGCUGAACCUGAAGAACAGUCAAUCGCUGCAUGUGAAAACGCGACUGCAAUCCCAUCAGUUCCUCUACCCAAUAACAUCAGUAAAGCAGAUGUUCCCAGUAACACUAGCGAGUUAGUCGAGCCUCACGAGCCGCAGAUUUCAAGUAUUAAAGUAGGAAGUCUUAUCGAUGUUCAAUCUCAAACCAGCCGCCACCAACCAGGUGAGAUACACACGGUUUAGUGUUUUUUACAGGAAAUAUCUCAAGACUUGCCUCUAAGUACUUAAGCAUUCCGUAUUUUUAAGUUCAAUCGUAGAAAAUACCUGCUACACGGUGUCAUAUGUUUGAUAAAUCUGUUAAGUUAACUAAAAACUUAGUAACAAUGAUGAGUUUGAGUCGAUAAGGGCGCAUUUCAAAGCCCCAUCAAAACGAGCGUUUUUUACGAUAUGUGAUCUUAGUAUUUAUAUUAAAUUUUAUAUUUUGUACAAUUAGUUUUAGGUUUUUUCAAUUGAAAUUUUUUCGUUCCUCCGUUUAUAUUUCCCCUUUCAUAUUGUUUAGUUCUUUAUAGUUUUAUUGUUUGGCAGCGGUGUAGACGCUGCUGUCGUAACGUGUUAACCCCUAUUAUAUGUAUUGUUAAGUA